GUAGUACUAAAAAUAAAAAUGGCAAACACGGGAGUUUUGCCUUUUGUUCGCGGUGUUGAUUUCACAAAAAAUGACUUUAGUGAUGGGAAGUUUCCUGCCGCUCUGCGGCUCAUGACAGGGGUUCAAUGGCUCAAGUUGGACAAGACGAGCCUGUCGGAAAUAGCUGAGGAGAUGGGAAAACUGGCAAAAUUGGAGCACCUCUCCCUGAAGAACAAUGAUCUCGAAAAGCUCUUUGGUGAGCUGACUGAGCUGAAUUCACUGCGUUCGUUGAACCUAAGGCACAACAAAGUGAAGAAUUCAGGGAUUCCAGUUGAAUUGUUUCAAUUGGAGGAAUUGACAACGCUGGAUUUGUCCCACAACAGACUCAAGGAGAUACCCGAUGGCUUAGAAAAGGCAAAGAAUUUGCUAGUUCUCAAUUUGAGCCACAAUCAAAUUGAUAGCAUUCCCACGGCAUUAUUUAUCCAUUUGACGGAUUUGCUCUUUCUGGAUGUCUCACACAAUAACUUGGAGACCCUUCCGCCCCAGACCAGGCGACUGGCAAACCUCCAGACACUUAUUCUCAGUGACAAUCCCUUGGAAGUGUUUCAGCUGCGUCAACUGCCCUCACUGCAGAAUCUCGAGGUGCUGCAUAUGAGAAAUACCCAGAGAAACCUUCAGAACUUCCCAACGUCCCUCGAUAGCUUGGCCAAUCUGGCUGAAUUGGAUUUAGCGCAGAAUAAUCUGGCUCGUGUGCCAGAUUGCCUCUACAAUUUGCCAAAUCUUCGGCGACUGAACCUCAGUGAGAAUGAGAUUAGUGAAUUGUCCACGAGUAUAGAUUCCUGGACGAAGUUAGAGACGCUCAAUCUUUCCCGGAAUCAGCUAAAAGCCCUUCCUGCGACUCUAGUCAAACUUUCGCAGCUGCGUCGGCUCUUCCUGAAUGACAAUCAGCUGGAUUUCGAUGGGAUUCCGUCGGGAAUUGGGAAAUUGAGUUGCCUGGAGGUGUUCUCGGCGUCAAAUAAUCUCCUAGAGAUGAUUCCUGAGGGUCUCUGUCGGUGUGGCUCACUGAAAAAGCUCAAUCUAAGCUCCAAUAAAUUAAUCACUCUGCCAGAUGCCAUUUACCUCUGUUCUGACCUCGAUCAGUUGGAUCUGCGGAAUAAUCCUGACCUCAUAAUGCCCCCAAAGCCCAUGGAGAUGCAAAAGGGGGCGGGAAUUGAAUUUUACAACAUUGAUUUUUCUCUGCAGCAUCAACUGAGACUGGCAGGAGCUACAGUUCCGCCGGCAGUUCAGUCAAGUGGCACAAGUAGCAAGGAUCCAAUUGCCCGGAAGUUGCGCCUGAGACGCGGAGCAAGGCCCGAAGUUGGCCAGGCGGACUCAGCCAAGGUGCUCAAGGGCAUGAAGGAUAUUGCAGAUGAGAAGAAUGCCAAGAAUUGGGAGGAUGAAAAGGUGGAGAGUGUGAAGCCAAAACGCUGGGAUGAGAGCCUGGAAAAGCCUCCGUUGGACUAUUCGGAAUUCUUUGAGGAUGAAGAUGGUCAAAUUCCCGGGCUGACAAUUUGGGAAAUUGAGAAUUUUCUUCCCAAUAAAAUUGAGGAGAUUGCUCAUGGGAAAUUCUACGAAGGAGAUUGCUAUAUUGUCCUCAAAACAUGCCUGGAUGAUGUGGGUCAAUUGACGUGGGAAAUCUACUUCUGGAUUGGGAAUCAUGCGCCCCUGGACAAGAAAGCAUGUGCGGCAAUUCAUGCAGUUAAUUUGCGAAAUUACCUUGGAGCCCGAUGCAGGACAGUGAGAGAGGAGCAAGCUGAUGAAUCUGAAGAAUUCCUCGCUCUAUUUGACACGGAGAUAUCGUACAUUGAGGGCGGAAGGACAUCCACGGGAUUCUUCACAAUUGAGGAUGUUGUCUAUAUCACAAGAAUGUAUAGGGUUCAUGCAGCCGGAGCUUCAAUUCACCUCGAGCCAGUUGCCAUUGAAUUUGAUUCACUAGAUCCCAGGUAUGUCUUUUUCCUGGACACAGGAUUGAGGAUUUUCAUCUGGCAUGGUAGAAAGUCCAAGAAUACCCUGAAAUCCAAGGCGAGACUCCUGGCGGAGAAGGUGAAUAAGAAUGAGAGGAAAAAUCGUGCGGAGAUAUCCGUUGAGCUCCAGGGAGAGGAAAACCCAGAUUUCUGGAAGACUCUGCAAUGUGAAGAUGGCAUAAGACCACCAAAAAAAAUCCUCGAGCACGUUGAGGAGGAUUUUACCCCAAAACUCGCCAGAUUGUACCAAGUACAGCUGGGAAUGGGAUACCUGGAAUUGCCUCAAGUAGAGAUUCCGGAUCAAAAGCUAGUCCACACACUCCUCCAGAGCAAAAAUGUCUACAUCCUAGACUGCUAUGGGGAUCUUUUUGUGUGGUUUGGCAAAAAGUCCACAAGACUCGUCCGGGCGGCUGCCAUUAAACUCUCCCAGGAACUCUUCAGUAUGAUCUGCCGGCCUGAUCAUGCGCUCGUGACGCGUGUCCAGGAAGGGACGGAAACUCAAAUCUUCAAGUCGAAAUUCAUCGGUUGGGAUGAAAUAAUUGCAGUGGACUUUACACGAACAGCACAAUCUGUGGCCAAAACAGGAGCCGAUUUAACCAAAUGGGCCAAAAAGCAAGAUACCAAGGCAGAUUUAGCUGCUCUCUUUAUGCCACGUCAAGCUGCCAUGACCAUCACCGAAGCCACGCAACUAGAAGAGGAUUGGAAUUAUGAUUUAGAAGCCAUGGAAUCCUUCGUCCUGGAAAAUAAGAAAUUUGUCCGAUUGCCCGAGGAGGAGCUAGGACACUUUUACACCGAAGAAUGCUAUGUCUUCCUCUGUCGCUACUGUGUUCCCGGUGAGGAGGACGAAGAUGCCACAGGAGACAAUGUUCCACCGCCAGAAGAUGAGAUUCAGUGUGUAGUGUACUUCUGGCAGGGUCGAAAUGCAGGAAAUAUGGGUUGGUUGACAUUUACCUUCACGCUCCAGAAGAAGUUCAAGGCCAUGUUUGGCGAAGAGCUAGAAGUGGUGCGAAUACAUCAGCAGCAGGAGAACCUAAAGUUCAUGGCACAUUUCAAGCGGAAGUUCAUCAUUCACCAUGGGAGGCGGAAGCAGAAACAGGUGACGCCGGAUGGGAAGGCAGCUGUGAGAUUUUACCAUUUGCGCUCCAAUGGAAGUGCUCUCUGCACUAGGCUCAUUCAAAUCCGACCGGAUGCAUCCUAUUUGAAUUCUGCCUUUUGUUACAUCCUCUAUGUGCCAUUUGAGACGGAAGAUGAGUCUGAAAGUGGAAUUGUCUAUGCCUGGAUUGGAUCUAAAGCUGCUCCAGAGGAGGCUAAGUUGAUUCAGGACAUUGCUGAGGAUAUCUUCAAUAAUCCCUGGGUGAGCCUUCAAGUGUUGAAUGAAGGAGAGGAGCCGGAGAAUUUCUUCUGGGUGGCUCUGGGUGGAAGGAAGCCCUAUGACACAGAUGCUACAUUUAUGGAGUACACGAGACUCUUCCGAUGUUCCAAUGAAAAGGGAUACUUCACAGUGGCUGAAAAAUGUUCGGACUUUUGUCAGGAUGAUUUGGCUGAUGAUGACAUCAUGAUCCUGGACAAUGGAGAGCAAGUAUUUCUUUGGCUGGGAGCCAGAUGCAGUGAAGUGGAAAUUAAGUUGGCAUACAAAUCUGCUCAGGUUUAUAUCCAGCAUAUGAGAAUCAAGCAGCCCGAUAGGUCCAGAAAACUCUUCCUCACACUCAAGAACAAAGAAUCCAAGAGAUUCACCAAAUGCUUCCAUGGAUGGAGUGAGCACAAGAAGCCUCCGGAAUAAGAUUGAUUGCCUCGUAAAUAUUAUCAUUUUCAUUAAUAUUUUAUUGAACUAACAUGUGCAAUGGUAUUGUUUAAAAUAUUUAACAAUUUCUAAGAUCAUCAUUUUUACUAUAUUUAAAAAAAAAAGAGAAGAGCAACGAAAGUCCAGUACGCACAGACUAUUUAAUUUUCACAGAAUAAAUAGCAAUAAAUAAGUUUUUGGCGUUAAAA